GUACUCAACACAAGCUUGACAGCCGCUUAUCGCACAACACCCUUUGGUCUAAGGGUCUCAGUGUAAAAAAAAGUAACAAAGAAAAAUGAAGUCGAUCAGCGCAUUGGUGAUUUUGAGUGCCGUGAUGUGGCAGACGCAAGCGUUCCCCGGUUAUCCUUAUUUUGGAUCUGAUGUGGAUUCUCUUUCCUUUGGAUCGGUCGACAACACUCGUGGCGGUGUGGCACUGAGUCGUUACUACAACCCGUACUACAACAACCCACGGUCAGCAGUCGGUGGUGGCAUGGCCGCCUUUAUGUUCAGACCACCUGAAGGGAAAGCCCAGACUUCCAGCCAAUACUACUACCCGGACAGACGCCGUCAAACCCAACCAGAACUCCUCCUCAGCAACCCCCCACCCCAACAGAACGAAGUGUACUUCCCUCAACCAGAAAAGCCAGGAGCAACUGAAGCUACAGAAAUCGCAGACCCAACUGAAAGGAGUGACAUCUUACCGACUACAGCCAGAGCGACCGCUGCGCCUGAAUUUACUGAACCAGAAAUAGAAGAAGUAGAAGAGCCAGUUCAAAAACCAAAGAAACGUGUGUCAAAGAGGAAACAAGUGAAGAAACCCAGUGAUGAUGACGACGAUGAGGAUGACUACGCACCAAGGCUGCCUUCUUCUGCUUUGUUCCCCAUGUUCUUUGGUUGGGGCGGAAAAUCGGGUGGCGGUGCCCCUGGAGCGACUGCAAUUGCCAACGCGUACAGCACUGGUCGUGGAGGAGUUGCUACCAGCCACGCUACAGCUUACGGAAUCCCAACUCGGCCAGAACAAAAACUACAGCCCUAGACAUAUUACUAACCUGUUAUCUUCGUUUAGUCCCUGGAUUCGCUCUCUGUAUAACCUGAAGGAUACAGAGGCAAUGCCUACGCUACAUCGGGCCGGUUCCGAAAUACUAUUUUUUAAAGCCAUUUAAAAAAUUAAUAAAUUUUCUAAAUGAAUUUAGAAAAUGACAUUUCGGAGUGUGGCGGGACCGAUUGAGGAAUACCAUUCUCUAAAAUAUAUUUAGGUAGUGGCAUUCCAAAAUCAGCCCCAUUGUUACUCGAAAUAUUAAGUAUAUUGUAAUGUUGCCAUAAUCUGUGAGUGUAUAACAAGUUUUUAAGGCCAUCUACUGACAGUAUAUCGAUUCGCGAAUCGUGCAUCUAAACAAGUCCGUUAUACGUUAUAUGUAAAUAUGUAUGUAAUUCAACUGUUUACUAAAAGAUGGCGCAUCUAACAAAUGUAUUUUUAGUUUAGUUUUAAAAUAGUAUACUGGCAGCUGCCUAUAUUAUUUUACUUGUCCGAAUAGAUUUAAAUCCUACUGAAAUUAUAUUUGUUGAUUUAUUAAUAAAUAUUUCCUGAAGUGAUAA